GGCACGUUCCGAUGAGAAAGAAGAAGGUCUUCCGUUCGCCAAGGUAGGCGUCGCUCGCCCUGCUCCCGUUUUCGAGCCAGCGAUUUCUCUGCAGGAUGACUCACAAGCCUUGGCAGAGCGACGAGUUUGUCCUGUUCGAGGAGCGACAGGCCAUCAAGUGCAAGUUCUUCAAGAAGGGCAACUUCACCGUCACGCUCGCUCCGGGCUACCAGGGCAUUCCCGAGAACCUCGUCAUCAACCUGGUCAUGUGGGUGGGCCUCAUCACCUUGUACAGCGUACUGAACCGAACUGCGAAGAACUACAGCAGACUGGCCUUACUACACAAGGAUGACCAGAAGUGGUCUCAGCUUAUAUACGGAAACAGAAGCGACCAGCAGGAUGAUGAGAGCCUCGAGUCCCUGGAGACGGUCAUCCGACACGAAACCGGUUUGCUCAGUUGGGUGUGGUCGAUUUUCUUGAUCAAGGACCGGCACAUCCUGAAGAAAAACGGACCGGACGCCGUGCAGUACCUGACCUUCCAGCGGCACAUCAUCGUGCUCGUGCUCAUCGUGUGUCUGCUCUGCGUCGGCGUCAUUCUGCCCAUACAUGUGUUCGGCGACAUAGAAGGAGACGCGAGGAAGUUUGUUCAUACGACACUGAACAACAUGGAUCCAAACGCGUCGAGCCUGUGGGUCCACGUGAUCCUCAGUUUCCUGUUCCUGCCGCUGGGCGUCCUCUUUAUGCGCCACUUCUCGGCCAAGCUGCACAUCAGGCCGGAAGAGAGCCGCGUCAGUCGGACUCUAAUGAUCGUGGGCGUUCCGCGCAAGAGCUGCCACGCUGACGUCUUUCGGCAGCACUUCAGGGAAGCCUACCCGGAAUGCGUCAUCCAGGACAUAAAGUUCGCCUACGACAUCCGGGAACUGGUGGUGCUCGACAGCAACAGGGAAGUAUCGACGCAAGCCCGCAUGUGGUGUGAGAACCAUAUCAACGCCACCGGAAAGAGGCCCAAGAUGCGUCCAUACCAGUUCAGCCGCCUCUGGAUCUUCGGAGACGCAUGCGGCUGCAAGAUGGUGGACGCCCUGGACUACUACUCCCGCGAGGAGAGCGAGUACUUGCGCGAGGUGGAGAAGGAGCGGGCCAACGCCCUCGAGAGGCCCGUCGGUUUCGUGUUCGUCACGUUCGAGACCGAGGAGAUGGCCAUGAUGGUUUGCAAGGACUACCGGUCGCAGUGCCAGUGCUACGCCACGACGCCUUCCUCGAGCGUGAGCAAAGAGCUCAAGUCCAACUCCUGGAAGGUCGUCUUUGCUCCACCCCCCAGCGACAUCUUCUGGGAGAACCUGUCCAUCGGAAAGUGGGCCUGGUACAUCCGUUCCUUCUUCAUCAACUUCGUGCUCUUUCUCAUCCUCUUCUUUCUGACGACACCGUUCAUCAUCGUCUCAAACUUGGAACACAUAUUUCCCUCAGCCGAGCACCUGAACCCUUUCUUGUCAAAGUUCCUGCCGACCAUGAUGUUGUGGCUCGUAGCCGCAGCGAUGCCCGCCAUGGUCACGAUGUCUGACGUGUUUAUUGCCCACUGGACCAGGUCAUCAAGAAACCACUGGGUCAUGAGGAAAAUCUUCAUAUUCCUUUUGUUCAUGGUGCUGAUCUUGCCUUCCCUUGGUCUCCCCAGUGCUGAAGUACUGGUUUCCUGGGUACUGAAGCCGACCAAUGAAACGCACCUGUGGAAGUGCCUGUACCUUCCAGACAGCGGCGCUUUCUUCAUCAACUACGUCGUGACGUCAUCCUUCGUCGGCACCACCAUGGAGCUGAUCCGAUUCCCGCAGCUGUGCCUCUUUAUCCUGUACACUUUCAUGUCACGCUCCAAGGCCGAAACCUUCGCAGUGCAGCGGGCAUCGCUGUUCGAGUUCCACUUUGGCGUCCACUACGCGUGGUACCUGCUGAUAUUCGCGAUUACAAUGAUCUACAGCCUCUCGUGCCCACUCAUCGUGCCCUUCGGUCUGGUCUACCUCUGCUUCAAGCACAGCGUAGACCGCUAUAAUAUCUAUUUCGUGUACACGCCAUCGAAGACGAACAAAUAUAUCCACGCGACCGCCAUCGACUUCGUCAUAGGCUCCCUGAUUCUACUGCAAUUUACGCUGGCCAUAUUCUUCUACUUAAGGACAGGAAACAGCAACGUGACGGUGGCGACCUGCAUUAUAGCCCUAAUGUCAUUCCUUAUGUUCCUCGGACAAGCCAUGAUGAAAUGUUUUCGUGAUUUCGGACCGAUAAAAUACGCGGCUGCCAAACGCAAGACGUACGGCACCAGGCCCAGCCCGCGCAAGCUUUCCACCGUCACUGUGGCCCCGAAGCCCGCGAUCAAGAAAAAAGGGCAGCAGCGGCACGCUUACGCGGGACCCUCCGUCGCCGACAGCCACGGUGGGUCGUUCCCGUGUGGCUCUCCCGUGCCGGAAGCCAUUCCACUGACUGCCAUCGACACCCGGGCUGAACCGGUUGACGUCGUGGAUUCGCCUACGCCCACACUUUCGACGGCUGUGCACAACCACUCGGCGAUACGUCAUGCUUGCGAGUGAACUCGCAGCACAUAGACUUCUAAAAAAACUCGUUGCUACCAUUUGUGGACUCGCUUAUGAGUGUAUUGUUUUUUUUCUACGCAUUAUGUGGUGUUAAAAUGUUUUUGCGUUUACUAACUCCGAGAUUAAAGAAUUCGUGAGGCGACCAGUUUCAUUUUAAUGUUCGCCUGUGAUUGCACGAAAAAAAUGUGCCCAGUGUUCGUCGUGCUUGCGAGUGAACUUAGAGCGCAUGGACUGAUUAACAUAAAUCUUAUACAAGAAUAGUUACAGCCAUUUGUGAACUUGCUUUUGAGUAUAUUUGUUCCUGCGCAUUCUGCGCUGUUAAAAUCUCUUGCGCUUACUUAAUCCGAGAUCAAAAAUUUCCCGAAGCUACCAGUGUCGUUUCCGUGUCUGCCUGUGAUUGCGCGAAAAAUUUCAUGCCCGGUGUGUCAGCCAGACCUUCGGAGCAAAUCGAACCCUAUUCCCGAAGACGUAGGUAACGGAAUCUAGUCGGUGCAUUUCUUUUGGAAAUGGCAUACACAGAACCGGCCUGGGAGUGCGUGUUCGUGCGAGUCAUGCAUUCGCAUUGUGGCGUUGAAGGCACUCGCCUUGCACGUGAAGCUAAUUCGUGGUGAACUGUCUCUCAUUGCGUGGCCUACGAUGUGCACCGUUUGUAAUUUCUGUGUAGCGGCUAAGUUUUGCAGAUUAUCGAUCAUUGUGUUUGUACAGCGUUACGUGCUUGUAGGUGUUAUUUGCACUAAACGAUGUUCUUUUGGGCAAUCGCCUU